CAUAUAUAUAUAUAUAUAUAUUGUAUAGAAUACAUAUUCAUGGUCAAUAAGCAGAGAUCCGAGUCUUUGCCAGCACCAUAAUCGGCCAACGAACUCAGUCGCGACCCGAGCCCCACAUUGCCGCCAGGCCCCGUCGAAGCGGGUCGAACGCGGUCCAAGCCGGUCGCCGUCGGAGUGGCUUUUGUCUUGAGGCCCAAGACAGCAAUCAGUUCAAGCUGGAAUUCGGAGGAAUUCGUUGAAAGAACUGCAGGCACCUUUAGAGAUGUUUCUUUCCGCUCAUUUGUGGGGCAUUUUGACUUCAGGGAACACAUCGCCCCCCUGUCUUCGAGCCAAAUCUCCUGAUCAAUUUCAAUGACCAACCAGGAAAACUCGAGCACUCCUCGUUCUUUCGACUUCUGGUAGACCCGGCACGGUACGGUAGGGAUUAAUGACACUCAAUCAUAGUCCUUAUGCCAAAUCAUGAGGCGUAUCAAUUGCCUGUACAAAUAGUAUGACAAUGUAUGACAUGGAAUCUUUGGCACUGGUUACCGUUUGAGAGCUUGGCAUUGGGAGGAUCAGCAAGGAGUUGAACUUGGCAUUCAUUUGCAGCAAAGCUAUAAGUCUCGAGCCCAGUUCAGAGAUGUUUAAAUGUUUCUGGUGUAGCCCGGCCGAGCAGCCUGAAGCGCCACCUGAGCUGAAGUUUGAAGAAGCACCGGACACUUCGACUGCAUGCCAGGUUGAAAUCAAAACCAAAUCCCGGCGAAGCCAGUCCGAGCCAGAUUUGAGCCAGUCCGAGCCGGUGGUUAAUCUGGUCCGCAGUAACAAGCGUCCGUCUACCCAGCCUCUUCCGAAGGAGUUCCUCACGGACUUCAGCCAAAUCCUACAGGAAGACCCAAGUAAAUCUCUCCGCAUCACUUUCUGGGGUUCUCCGAACGAAGCCUUCUGUCCAGGAGCGAAGGUGGUGGUGAGCUUUCCUGGGGUGCAUGGAUUUGCCUGGAAUUUUCUAACCAAGCGAGCGCUCGAGGCACACACGCAGCUUCUGACCACCUGCAUCUUUUUGCCCAACAAAGAUUCUCCUGGUUAUGGCUACCAUCAUGUCAUUGAUGAGCACACUCAGGCUUGCCACUGUCUUGAUCUCUAUGGGCAUCCAGAAGAGUGGGGCUGCUCCUGGUAUCACAAAUGGACCCUGAAGACCAAAAAGGCUGCAGAGAUGGGAUGCCAGCUGUUUGUGGUGACCAAGUCGGAUGGUACCCUGGGCUGGUCGCAACAAGGUGAAGUGCGCUUUUUGGACGCCUGCGGCUACAGAUAUGAGACCAUAAGCAUCCACAAGUUUGCACUCCGCUUUGCGGACGAUGCCCCGGCCGUGGCCGCCUUCCGUGAAAGGCGCAGGAGCUCGAGGGUUUCGAUUCAACAAGAUCUUAGUGCAUAGCGUCUCAAGACUUCAUAGCUUUCGGACCAGGAGCGCUUUCCUGGAUCUUUGUCAUGCAUUUGGAACAUGUUGCUGUCCCUUUUUGCUUUUGUUGUGCUGAUUCUACUGGAAAGUUAGCGCCGCACGCCUUGUGGGCCACGCAGCUGGCCGACAGAUUUUACAUAGGGAAAAGGUUUUACAGUCCUUGAGCUGAAUGUGUGAAGCACUACCAGCCGGGACAGCAGCCCAAGAAGGCUCAGUUAUAAGAAUGUUUCACUCACAGAUCCGACAAAGAGGGAGCCAGUUGUAUGCAGCGGUGGAGUGCUGUGAAGCUUACCCGUGCAGCUUCAAGAUGAAAUUGGAACUUUUAUAUACCUAGGCUGUACAACAACCAGCCAUUAUAUACAUGCCAGUACUAGGUCUCCUUGUAAGAUUCUGAUCAGCAGAAUAGCAGGAAGGUGCUUUCCGCCGGUCCCAUUGUAUUGACAGAAGUCGAUGUGUAAUGUCGACGUUCAGUGUGUUGAAGCCCGGACCUGUAUUGUCUCAACGGUUUCGUGAGAGCCCAAGCAGAAUCCCCAGCAACUCCGUUGCUCCAAAGCUGGUUGAACUACUCACUUGGGGAUUUCUCGUACCCAGUGAAACCAUGUGAAACUUUUUCGGGUACUGUAGCCCAAGCUGCCUACUCUACCAGGUCCGAUUCAGCUUGGCUUCAGCCAGGUUCCUUGAGGCUUCAGCCCGGCUGAGUUGCGGUUGCGGUUCACCGGUCAGACCUGCCUGUGACAUGCCCAAGACGCCGCCGGUGCGCAAAAACUGGGCAAUUUGCAAUUUUUGGCGAGAUAGGUGAUUGAAGGAGAAACCCUACGACGAGAUCCGCCAGCCCAGUGCCAGUGCUGCC